AAGGGCAAAGGGCAGUGAUAAAAGCCAGGGAUAAAUGGCGUUGGCAAAUCGCGAGAGUGACCCACAAGUGGAAAGACCGACCAUGGCACGUUUCUCUAUGCUGAUCCUUUUGCUUUUCGCCGCCGCCCUGGCCAACGAAUCUUCAAACAAGCCGGAAGAAUCCGAGUUUCAGUUGGAAAUGUUGCAGAAUUUGAACAAAACGAAUGAAAAGCUGGACAGAUUGAUGAGAAUCGUCUUUGAUCAGGUUGUGGAGACGCGGAAGGUGGCCGAGGAGCAAACCAAAUUGGCCAACGCGACCAACGAGAAACUAGACCAACUGGCCAAAACCGUCGAACAGCACCACAAUCAGACUCUGGAAUAUGUGAUGCAACAGAAUCAAAAGCUGGACCAAUUUCCCAAGGAAAUGAUUAUCUCAGCCCAAUGCAUGCUCGCUCGUUCGGCGACUUUACAUACGUUGUCCAACGGCAAGAAGUACCACUUCAACAGAACUUCUGAUAAUACAUGGUUUGCAGUAAACGAGACUUGCGCUCGAUUGGGCCUUCACAUGGCCACGAUCACAGACCUGAGGGACGCAAAAGUCGUGUCGGAAGAGGGCGAGAGAAUUAUUGGCAGUUAUGCUCCGUGGGUUUCGGCGAAAAACCAAGGAAGGGGAAGCAAAAGGGACUUCCGGUGGCAGGACGGGACCAAGUUGGAGUUAAACAGUCCCUUGUGGGAGCACGAUGCGGACAAAACACAGGACUGCGUCUAUAUCUUUAAAGGGAACAAGAACAAAUUGAACACGCUUCAAUGCUUCGCUACCUCCAGGAUACUUUGCGAACUCCCGAGGGAAUGCUACUGAUCUCAUCGGGAUCAGAGCAAACUCUUAAAGGGAUUGUUUUGAAUUUUAAAAGAUCAUUUUUUUUUUCAAUCGUUGAAUAGAAAUAAAGCAGAGUUUAUUUGUCCACAUUGUCUGUAGGCCAAACUAUGCAAUUCAAAAGGGGUAAAAUACAAUAAAAACGAUUAUUUCUUUUAAA